AUGGCAUACCAGCCGCCACACCACUACUACGACGAGCGCGACGUCUCCCCCGUGCAGCCCGACAGCGCAAUGAUCCCCCCGCCUCCUCCGCCGCACCGCACGCCCGUCGCCAUGGACAACUCGUACGGCCAGCCGCAAGGUCCCGGAAGCAACAACUACUCCGACUAUUCGCCGCCAGAGAUCACGCCCGGCGCCGACAACCUGGGGGCUCAUGCGGCAGGCGGAGGCAUCAACGGCCUCGCUGCCGACAUGAACAGCAACAACUACAGCGCCCCCAUGGGGGUUCCGCCGCACAACACUCCCUUCGCAGACGCUUACGCAUACGAUUCACCCACGCCUCCGCGACCGAUACACUCGCCCUACAACGUCUCCAACCAGACGCUAGGCUCUGGUCCGUUCGGCGCGGCGGGCGCGUAUUCCAGUGCCAGCUCCAUGCACAGCUCACAACACAGCGCACCUAUAUCAUCGCCGACCGCCGUGCCCUACUCCGACAACCCCUACACGCGCUACUCUUCGUCGCACUUGGACUUGGCCCCGGCCAUGGGCGCCAUCGACCCGAAUGAAGUAGCAGAUGACGACGACUGGGGCAUGUCGCAUGCACCAGUCCAAAGCAAACGGCAGUCAAGAGGAUUGUUUACUCGCGAAGGCGCAGCAGGCGCAACCGUAGGAGCAGGAGCUGCCGCCGGUGCUGCUGCAGGCGUCGCAGCAGCUGGGUCGCAUGACGGAAGCGGGAGCUACAAUGCUGUACCCACUGGCGAAAAUGCUGCCCCUGCAGCAGCAAGAGGAGAGAAAUCCGCCUGGCUUGAACGGCAGAACCACGGCCGGAAAAAGCUCAUGUGGAUAGUAGUCGCGGUCAUCGCUUUCGUCGUCGUGGGUGCUAUACUUGGAGGUGUAUUGGGUACCGUUUUGAACAAGCACGGAGGAAGUGCUGGUUCAGGGAAAAGCAAUUCUGAAGCCCAAAGCGACGUUGCAAAAGACAACCAGAACGACCUGUCCAUCAACUCGGAUGAGAUCAAAAAGCUCAUGAACAACCAGAACCUGCACAAGGUCUUUCCCGGGAUGGACUACACGCCUCUAAACUCUCAAUACCCCGACUGCAUGCACGUUCCUCCGUCGCAGAACAACAUCACGCGCGACAUGGCUGUUAUGUCGCAGCUUACCAAUGCUGUCCGCCUCUAUGGAACUGAUUGCAACCAGACCGAGAUGGUCCUCCACUCGAUCGACAGACUCGAGUUGACCGACAUGAAGGUCUGGCUCGGCGUCUGGCUCGGCAACAACGACACAACGAACAGCCGACAGGUCUCCACCAUGUGGGACAUCAUCGACAAGCACGUAGUUCCCAAGUGGAAAGACGGGAAAGACCACCAAUUCAAGGGCGUCAUUGUCGGCAAUGAAGUCCUCUUCCGCAAAGAUCUUACCAAGACCCAGCUACUCAAGUAUAUAUCGACCAUUAGAGACAACAUCACCUCCUUGGGGAAGAAGUAUAACGUUGACGACACUAAGCUGCCUAUAGCUCUCUCCGAUCUCGGCGAUAACUGGACCUCCGACAUGGCCACCCAAGUCGACAUCGUCAUGUCGAACGUGCAUCCCUUCUUCGCCGGUGUUGAGGUCGACAAGGCUGCGGGUUGGACCUGGGACUUCUGGACCGGGCACGAUGUAGCACUGACCGCGAACAACGCCUCGAUCAAGCAGAUCAUUGCGGAAGUAGGGUGGCCCACUGGCGGCGGCAACGAUUGCGGAGAAUCUGACUGCACGUCCGACACCCAAGGAUCCAUCGCGGGAGUUUCCGAGCUGAACCAGUUCAUGGAGGAUUGGAUUUGUCCCAGCAUGAAGAAUGCGACUGAGUACUUCUGGUUCUCCGCGUUCGACGAGCCGUGGAAGAUCAUCUACAACGAGAAGGGCAAGGAGUGGGAGGACAAGUGGGGUCUCAUGGACGUGAACCGCAACCUUAAGAAAGGCGUCACCAUUCCCGACUGCGACGGCCAGACUGUAUCGUGAUGACAAAUAACCACCAUUGCCGCUGCGUUGCGAGCGAGCGGCUGUUACGAAUGAGUUGGCGAUGCAUGCAUUCAGCUUGGCGUUCUGCGGCGUUUUAUACCGGCUGGUUCUUUUGGUUUUCAAUCCGCUCCUUAGCCGGCCUGGCGUCUGGUUUUGCACUUCGGAGGACGGGCAUGGUAUGUAUAUGGAAGGAAUGGGAUUGCUCCGCGCGCCGCUGCGCUGCAUCUUAGCAGCACAGCUGUAUAUGACUAUGGCUACGGGAAUCUGUGUAUAUCAGGGGUUUUUUCACAGCGUGGAGUCGGGCAUCUUCGUGUAAUGGUUUUUUUCUUGGACGUUGAGCGAGUCGAUCUUGAUUCGGAUUUUGCUGAUAUCGGGAGAGAUGAUGACAUAGCGAGCGAUUGAGCGCUUUUUGCUCUGCACAAGAGCUGUAGAUAGAGGUGAGAUGCAAGGGGGAAUAUAUACGGUUACGAAUGAGACUCGUGUGGU